AUGUCGGAGACUUCAGCAAAUUCAUCAAAUUCAGCGGGAGUUACUGCGCCUUGUCCAGUGAACCACUCUUCAUGGCCUUCUAUCUCUGCACCUAAAAAUGAAGGCUGUUCGAGUGACGCCUUAAAUAAUUAUAACAAACAACUUCAUUCCGACCAAAAAUCAUUGGGUCAACAUAUUCCACUUGAUACAACGCGUCAGAUAUCUGGCAUUCCACGUUCAUUCCCUGAUAGUGAUAAAAAUAAAUCUAAAGAAGUAAUAGAGAAUUGGAUAUAUCCUUCAGAGCAAAUGUUUUUCAAUGCAAUGAAACGCAAAGACUGGAAUCCUCGAGAAGAAGAUAUGCGCGUUAUUGUACCAAUACAUAAUGCAGUGAAUGAGAAAGCCUGGAAAGAAAUAUUAGAAUGGGAAAAAUUGCACGAAAAGUAA